GGUGCUAAAGGUUAGGUAAGUAGUGGGAAGGUAGGAGAGGUAGAAGAGGGGACUCUUUAACUUACUUUCUUUUCUUUGGUUCCGUCCAGCCCCUUUUCCCCCACCUUACCGUGUUUAAGGAAUAAUCAAUUCCCUGUAACGGAAUUUUUCUCUGUAUUUUUCUCUGCCUCUGUCUUCUUUCCCUGCACCUACGAUCACAUACUUUAUUUCACUCCACGGGGAGUUGAGAUGUAGCAGGGUGUUGCGUUCCCUCCAAGAGGCAUACGUAACAUCAUGGGAGCUCAUCCGGGAUUAUUAAAUUCACAGGACCCCGCUGCUCUGAGCUCUCUGUGAUUGAGGCGUGGGGGUAAGGUUGUGAGUUGGGAUGACUUGUUUAGUUUACGUGUGUUCAGUAGGCUGCUGUGUACAAAAUGGCUGCCUCAGCCUUCUCCAAUUUUAUUGAAGCGCCCUCGGUUGGUGGGGUUGCAUAAAGUAGAGCUUUGCGCCAUAGCUGACCAUUAUGAACUCUCCAUCCCUGAGAAAGCCCUAAAGGCUGUGCUUUUGGUGAUAGUCAAGGAGGGUUUAGUGAGAACUAAUUUUCUCGUUGAAAGAUGAGGAGAGGGAGGCUUCAGGAGAGAUGGGUAGACCUACCGAUGCCAAGUCGGAGGACGGCGUGGAGGAAGGGGUUGCUCGUACCCCCUUUACCUUACCCCGAUUUGACCCUUUAUCUUCUGCUUCGGGUUGUUCAGACGGGACCUCUAGGCUAAAGGUGAGGCUGGCCCGUUUGGAAAUAGAGCUAAAAGAUAAAGAGCGCGUUAGACAGCUGGAGUUUGAUUUAGAAAUUAGGAAAAUGGAACUAGAAGCAGACAAGGAGGUGAGGAUCCGACCACUGGAGCUAGACGCUGACAACCUGUCCGUCAUCAAGCCCACUUCGAAGUGAGUUAAAAUAUUGCUUUAGUCCCUACAUUUCGUGAGUCGGAAGUUGAUUCCUAUUUCUCUACGUUUGAGCAUGUGGCCGCUGCACUGCAUAGGCCACUCGCAGUUUGGCCGCUCAAGUUGCAAUGUAUAUUGUCUAGGAAUUAGUAGCUGCUCUCUCCCUGGAAGACAGUUUACAGUAAGAUAAAGUUACAACUGUUGCGGGCUUAUGAGUUGGUGCCUGAAGCUUAUAGGCAGGGCUUCAGGAACCACAAAAACCCUCUCACUGUACUUUUGAGUUUGCUAGGGACAAAAAGUCUGUUUAAUCACUGGUGUUCAGCCAGCAAAGCUAACACCUUUGCUGAUAUUCGGGAUUUGAUGCUGUUGGAGGAUUUUAAAAGAAACCUGCCUGAUAGACUUGUAGUUCAUUUAAAUGAACAGAAAGUGGCGACAUUGGCCCAGGCAUUAGUGUUGGCAGAUGAGUACGCUCUGACACACGAUUGUGUUUGCAGCUGAUUGGUUGGCCCCAUCGCUGAUUGGAGCUCUGACCCCUCCCUCUCGUCAGGGGAAACGGCUGGCUCUUCAAUUACCAACUCCUUCUCCAGCUUGAUAAAACCCCAGACCACUGCUGUCUGGCAGCCCCACAGAGGGCCCCGUGGGCAUGCGGACAGGGAGCAUCUCCUCACCUCACUGCCUUCACAGCACCCCUCCACAGUGGGACCCCACGAAUGACCUGCGCACCAUCGCCAAAAACUUCUUCUACCUUGAUACCUCAGGCUGGUACUGGGGAGCCAUCACAGCAGGUCAGGCCCAUGCAGCUCUCCAGGCAGCGUCAGAGGGGGCCUUUCUGAUUCGAGACAGCAGCCAUCCCCUGUACAUGCUGACCCUGUCUGUUAGGACUGCCCGUGGCCCCACCAGCAUACGCAUCCAGUACAGUGGAGCCCGGUUUCUGCUAGACUCCAGCUCGCCAGCCCGACCCAGCCUUUUGUCCUUUCCUGACGUGCCUAGCAUGGUGCAGUACUACGUAGGACCAACGAGGAAGGUGCAGAAGGGCAAGGUGGAGGAGACUCAUGGCGCCCAGCCCGCCCAGAGGACAGUUCAGGAGAGCACAGUAGUGCUGAAGCUCAAGCGGGCCCUGCACAAGCCCCAGGCCUUCCCCUCCCUCCAGCACCUCACACGCCUCACCAUCAACCGCAGCACAGGCUGUCCGGACCAGCUGCCACUGCCACGCCCACUGGUGCGCUACCUGCAGGACUACCCCUUCCAUGUAUGAGGGUCCUCUGGUGCUGAAUUAAAUGAAACAGUUCAACUAAACCUUGAGGAGCGCUGUCAGUAAGAGGUCCCUGGCAGCUGGAAACAACAUCACUGCACUGGCAACUAAUGGAGCCACGUCAGACAUAAGGUUGGUCAUGAGACCAUGUUUGGGAAAGAACCUUCUAGAAAAUGGUGCCUGGUUUUGGAUUUGUCAGAGGGAAGUGGGGUUCUGUGUACCACCCCAAUUCACAGAGGUGAUUCACUGGAAAACACAUGGUGCAUCCUCGUGCUAUGAGGGAUAGAGGUUUUCUUUCUGUUUCUGAGCAGUGAAUUGUUUUUCAGUCAGAUGUAAAUUGUUGAAUUUUUUGUUUAGUCAACAUUGUCAUUUUUUUACCCCCAACACUGUACAUAUCCCUUUUUUUAUUAAAACAAUAUUCAACAUGA